AGUUGUAAAAUUAUAAAGUUACUUGUUUCGCAAGGAGCUGAGAUUGAUGAAUUUUAUUGUAAAUUGGAAUAUUACGCAAUAGAUCGGCGUGGAUGGUAGAUUAAUUUCAGUUUGACAUUUUCGAGGGUGUAUCGAAAACACCAGAAUCACAAUAAGGUAGUUCUGCUUGGUUGCAUUUUUGGCUUUGAGGCGAUUAUUCGAAGUCGUUUGUAAUUGUUGUAAUAGUGCUAAUUGCUCACCAAUUAAUUUGUUAAACAUUUUCGUUGAAAGAUCAUCGGUCAAACGAUGGCAAAUAUUGCGAUUUCUAGGAUCAAGAGAGAGUUCAAAGAAGUUAUCAAGAGUGAAGAGAUCGCCAAGUCGAUGAUCAAAGUGGAGCUGGUGAACGACAACUACUCUCAGCUGCGCGGGGAGAUCUCUGGCCCGCCCGACACGCCGUACGAGGGCGGCCACUUUGUGCUGGACAUCAAGAUCCCGGAGACGUACCCGUUCAACCCGCCCAAGGUGCGCUUCCUGACGCGCAUCUGGCACCCGAACAUCUCGUCAGUGACGGGCGCCAUCUGCCUGGACAUCCUGAAGGACCAGUGGGCGGCGGCCAUGACGCUGCGCACGGUGCUGCUCUCGCUGCAGGCGCUGAUGGCCGCCGCCGAGCCGGACGAUCCGCAGGACGCCGUCGUGGCGCGCCAGUACAAGGAGCGGCCAGAUAUGUUCCGCAACACGGCCACGCACUGGACCAACAAGUACGCCUCAGGCCCGAAGGCGGUGCCCGAGUUUGACGAGAAGGUGUGCAAGCUGCGCGACAUGGGCUUCGAGGAGCACACGGCGCGCUCGGCUCUCUCCUCGUGCGAGUGGAGUCUGGAGAAGGCUACCGAGACGCUGUUCGGCUGAACUGCCACACGCACCCGCUGGGACACACAAACAACAAACUAACGGCGGCAUACACAACACACAGACACACACUAACAACCAAACGUCCGUCACACAGCGUACCAAACAUGCUGACACACACAAACACACAUCUGUUGCCCCGUCGCUGGCUCAGUCCCCGUAGUGAUGAUGUGCUCGGCACUCGUGGUGACCGAUAAAUACAGUCAGGAAGUGACGUCUUGGUAGCGGGACACCGAUGUCGGUAUCGCACGGAACAGGCUAACAUUCUGUGUCGAUGUCGCUCUACGCUCAGUUUGGCUCACACGGGUGGCCGCAGUGGCUCAUUGAGUGAGCUGCAGUGAACACAGUGCGGCCCGAAAGACGUCGCCGAGACACACGGGGCCUCCCGACACCGGAGGCUUUUGUGAACAUCCCUCCCUGCCUUUUUGCGAAUAUGGUAUCAUAACUUUGGUGGACAUUGCAGUGAUAUUGUGGUAUUCCUUGUGUCGACGACCGGAUCCAGUGCGUGGCUGAUUUUAACGAAAUUUACGUGUUAGGAUAGUCGAUAUGCACACGUGUUUGUAGUGGUGAUAUCCCGAAUGUUAUCAGUCAUCGAUAGAAAUGCAGAUCGGGCGGCGAUGGGUAGUAGUGGGUGAGGGAAUUAAGUAUGUCUGUGCGUGAAUGGCCUAAUUGAUAGUACCUGCGUGUGAGUGAUAUGUGCCGAGUCGCGACAUUUUCGGCUCGGUGAGUUCAGUGUUGCCCUUCCGAUGUCGACGGUGACGGCCGCAGCGGCGCAGCCGGUCGGGCGCCCCCGCCGGAGACUGGGAGCACUGCAGUGGGGUGGCGCCACCGGCGGCGUACCGGCGCACCGGCGCGCUGCCGAGAGGCCGGGAGAUCACACCCGGCGGCCGGCCCGCACAGCGCCGACCGCCGGGAUGAUUUAACUGUAAUACAAUUAUCCGUAUGCGAUCACUGAUUGGUGUGAGUGGGUUUAGCCGAGCGUGUUGUUUCGAAAUGAAGUGCGAUGGCCGAUGAGUGUUAAAUACAUCUGUAAAACUGCUUUGAA